AUGGCUUCUGUCAACGGCGACGUAGCCGGGACCCGGCCUCGAGGGAUGAUGUCUGCGGCGCCUACGAACAGCAACAAGGUGACCGUAGUACUGGGCGCCCAGUGGGGCGACGAGGGAAAAGGCAAAGUAGUGGACAUGCUGGCCACCUACGCGGACCUCGUGUGCCGGUGUCAGGUAUUCAUGUCUAUUCAUAAUCAAUAAUAUUAUAAAAUGUCUGCGUACCCGUUUAAUGGAUACUUCACAGGUAGGUACGGACGAGUUAAUAUCGCAUUUUGUUGUCUGAACUGAACGCUUGUCCAUACGAACGGCGGCCGCGUGACGUUUUGACGGCACCUUCCGACACCAAUAAUAAUAACUGUCAAGGUUGCCGAUGCCGAUGCGCGGCUGUCUUCCAUUUUACUCUUUGAUUUUUUUUUUCCUAACCAUGCCGUCUUCCGUCACCUUCGUACGUUUUUUUUUUAAAAAAGUCCAUUAUCAUUGAGACACACGGCCAGCUCGCGUCAUAAAAUUAUUUUGAAUACAAACGCCCACCUAGUCGCCGCGCCCGUGUGCCAAAAUCACAAUUUCGAAUUUAUUUUUUGUAAUUAUAUUUUGGCCUGAAUUCAUUUUCGAAUAAUAUUUUUCGCACCGUCGUGACGUUGUUAUGCGGCCACAAACAUGAACCUUAGUGUUAUUUUUAUAAAUUCCCCCCCCUGUCUUGUGUAGUAUACGAAAUGUAAGUACUUGUAUGUCAUGGUAAAUUGGUAUUUUUUUCGCCCGUCUUUUUGGCUGGGACAUUUUAUUAUGGCAAUGAGUACUUAUUGUGUUUUCCUUCAAACGGACACAAUAACCAUUAAAGUUUUAGAGUUGAAUACAAAAUAAUUAACUUUGCGCCUAUUCACAAUAUGCCAAUAUUGUGUACUGAUUAUGAAUUUUCUAGGUACCUACCAUUUAACUUUUGUACUUAUUAACCACAGGUUAUAGUUUUUAUUUUCGGUCCUAUAUGUCUUCAAGUUGAAUUCAAGUACCCGUGUAAAGAAAAUAUAAAUGUAAUUUGAUAGUUUCGAAUAAUAGGCUACGUAUGUAGAAUCUAGUAUCUAAUUUAUUAAAUGAUAAUUUAAACACUUUUUGUUCAAUAAUUAAUUGUAUGCAAUAAGUAAAAUAGUAUAGUGGUGCACACACUCAAUUCCAUAUGGAAUGUGUUUAAUUUAAUUUAACUUGCAUGCCCAUCUACCACCUACAUAAUUGUUGGGUCAAGCUAUAAAAUUUGAAAACUAUUUAACAUUCCUAUUCAAUUUUAUUUUAGGGUGGAAACAAUGCUGGCCACACAGUCGUUGUUGACAAAAAAGAAUUUGAUUUUCACUUACUGCCUAGUGGAAUCAUCAAUCCCAAUUGCAAAUCUAUUAUUGGUAAGAAAUCUUUGUUUUCUAAACUUUUGUGUCAUAGGUAGGUAGAUAUACCAAAUUUGAUAGAUUUGGUACUUAUUAUUUCAAUAAUUCAGAUACUUAAAAAUAUUCUAACUUUUGUCGAUUAUAUCAAACAUGAUAGGUAGUACCUAACUAAUAAGUAAUAGUAAAAUAAUUUUUAACCAUUAUUAUAUAAAACGUUUGAUUCAAUAUUGAAAUAUUAAAAAAUUAUAUUAUUAUUUCUAACAUGGUUGUACAAGUAAAAUUUGCUUUAUUAGGUUAUAUAUGUGAAAAUCUGUGAAAUCUGUUAAAUCUACAUAAUAUUUGAUAAUAAUAGUUUACUUACUAAGUUUUAAUAAUUUGUACCUAUAUAUUUUAAAUACCUAGGUCCCUAUAUUAAUUUCAAUAAAGUUCUCACUUAAAUAUUUUACAUUAAUUUACAAUAUAGUUAAGAUAAAACUAUUUAUUGGUCUUAAAAUAAUAAGUAUUUUUCGUGUUUAAAAUAACAGGUAAUGGAGUUGUUAUUCAUCUCCCCGGUUUAUUUGACGAAUGCAAGAAAAACGAAAUGAAAGGUCUUUUGGAUUGGAAAAAACGAUUGUUGAUUUCUGAUCGUGCACAUCUUGUGUUUGAUUUCCAUCAGGUAUGAAUACACAUUCUUAAUAUAUCAAGUGUAUAAUAUAAUAUAGUAUUAUAUUUUAUUAUAUUUUUCUAAACUAAAAAUUUCGUACUUAUCUAAACCUUUAAACACUAGAACUUUCCAAGCUUUCCAAUCUAUUUAGUGUCCGCUUAAUAAUUCCCUGACUAAUUUAAACAUUUUAAUUCUUAGAGAUGUUUUAGUUCAUAACCAAACAAAUUAGUGAAAUAUUCACUUUGGAAUAGUAAAAAAAUACAACUGAUAUAGCUUAAAUUAUAUUGUAAAAAAUAUUUAUUUUGCUUACUAAACUUACCUUUCAUCAUAUACAUAAAAUACAUUUAAACUAUUGCAUAUUUUUGCCUUAUAUUAAGUGUGUUUUCUUAUCUAAUUAUAGCAAGUAGAUGGUCUUCAAGAAAUGGAAAAGGGUAAAAAAUCUUUAGGAACAACGAAGAAAGGAAUUGGUCCAACAUAUGCGUCUAAAGCGAAUAGAAAUGGUCUUCGACUAGCUGAUUUACUUGGAGAUUUCAACUCUUUCAAAGAAAAGUUGGUUUAUUUAUUUUUUUCGUUAUCAUAAAAUAUAUAACCUAUGAUUGCAUUCGAAUUAAUGGUAAAAAAAAACAGCGAUGUUGGUCAUUAACUGAGUUUUACGCGUGUUUUUUUAAGACCAAGUUGAGUUCUACUUUAAUUAUAGUUAGACAUUGAAACAAUUUUGAAUACUUUCAACAGAAAAAAAUGGAUAUCAAUGUAAAGUGAAAAAAAUAAAAAAUAAUUAUUAGAUAAUAAUAUUGAGAAAUGAGCAUGCACAAAAAAAAAAAAAAAAAAAAAAAAAGGUAAAAUAAAUCUUAUUUACUUAAAAAUUCAAAGGCUUAAUCUAAGUAAAAAUUUAAAAUCUAAAAAUAUAGUAUUUUUAGGAGAAUAGUUUCUAAAAUUAAAAAAAAAAAAAAACAACUCAACUCAGUCUCUAAAAAACCGCACAGGCAACUCGACCUAUAUUAUAAUUUCAGCCUACAAUUUGUAAACACCAAUAUAUUGUGUGAUCCAAUAGUGUAUUCUAGAACUUUUUAUUCAUUAAUAGUCAAAUUUUCUAUAUAUAAAAAAAAAAUACAUUUCAACGAUUAUUUGAAUAUUUUUUUAAGGUUUUACAACUUAGUGGACAUACAUAUACGCAUGUUUCCAUCUCUGCAAGUCGAUACUGAAGAAGAGUUAAAAAAAUAUGAAUAUUAUGCAAACGAGUUAAGGCCAUUAGUUAUAGAGACUGUGGGAUAUUUACAUUCUGCAUUAAAAGAAGGAAAACGUAUCUUAAUAGAAGGCGCCAAUGCAGCUAUGUUAGAUAUAGAUUUCGGUAAUGAUAAAAGAUCAAUUAGUAAUUUAUGAAAAAUACUAAUGUAAUUUAAUUUUAAUGGUAUUAUAGGCACAUAUCCAUAUGUGACUUCGUCAAAUUGUAGUAUUGGAGGUGUUUGUACAGGUCUUGGAUUACCACCAUCAGCUAUAGGAGAUAUUAUCGGGGUGGUCAAAGCAUAUACUACAAGAGUCGGUGAUGGUCCAUUUCCAACUGAAUUAAUCAAUGUGAGUAAAUUAAUAUAGAAGUAUAUAAAUUACAAGAUUUGUUAUAUUUUAUUUUUAUUGAAUUUAUUUAGGAAGUUGGUGAAAAGCUUCAGAAUAUUGGCAAUGAAAUUGGUGUUACAACUAAGCGAAAGCGUCGCUGCGGUUGGUUGGAUAUUCCUCUGUUAAAAUAUACUACGAUGGUGAACGGUUAUACCAAGUAUAUAAUUAUCAAUAUUACAGUAGAGUGAAACCUCUGAAUAGUGAACACUAUCGGUCCUCAAAUUUUUGUCCGUUAUUCAAAGGGGUAAAUUUUUGAAAUUCAUAAAGUAUAAAUAAUGUGUAAAAUGAAAACAUUUGCGCUAUGGUAAAUUAAAUUAUAAUUGUUAUUGUACAAAUGUAAUUAUGAUUUUUUUUGACUUCUGCUAGAAAACUUUUUCAUUGUUAUGAUGGAAGUUAUGAAUUUCGACUUUUUUUUGGAUGGGACCUCUUUUGCCAAAGCCCAUUCAUCACUUGUCGAAAAAAUUUUCACUGACUUGCAAAACAAAUGAAACAUUAGCAAUCAAGACAUAAUUUUUGUCAUAAUCAUUACAUUAUUACGAGAGUGUAUACCAAUGCAAUUUUGAUACUGUCAUUUUGUCACUAUUUUUUAAUUAAGAUUAAAAUAGUGUGAUUUUCCAAAUAGGAGGUUUUUCCAUUGAAAAGUAGUGAAAAUUUCCUGUCCCAAAACACGCUAUUGGGAAGUGUCUGUUAAAGGAGGUUUCACUGUAAAUUGUUAUUUUUUCCUAUUUACUUUUUUUACUUAUAUUACAUUUAACUUUUUAAUAAAAAUUAAAACUGGUUACAAUAGAGGAAAUAGCAAUUUAAGGAAAUAUUUCAACUUAUAAAAAAUGUUAUAAUUUAAUAAAUGUUAUUUUAUUUUUAGAAUUUGUCUGACCAAACUUGACAUAUUGGAUGAUUUUAGUGAAGUUAAAAUCGGUGUUGAAUAUGUGUUGAAUGGAAAAGUGCUCAAUUAUUAUCCAUCCAGUUUAUCUGAAUUAUCAGCUGUUGAGGUAUAAACCAAACUAUUAUUUAGAUUAGUUUUUAUAUAGAUAAUACUUAUAAUUUGUAUUAUUAUAAGUAAUAUUAAUACUUAGGUUAAAUACUUGACUUUACCUGGUUGGAAAACAAAUAUAAGUGAUGUCAGAAACUUCGAAAAUUUACCAGAAAAUGCUAAGAAAUUUGUUUUUACAAUUUCUGAACUCCUUGAAGUACCCGGUAAUUUAUUAAUGUUGUCAAUAAUAUUUUAAUCUCAUAUUUAUAAGUCAAUUUUUUUUCAGUUAAUUGGGUUGGAGUUGGUCAAGGAAGAGAAUCUAUGAUUAAUUGUUUUGAUAUGAUUUUAUAA